ACCCGCACUUCUUAUUUGCAAUAUGUAAAUAGUCAAAAUCCGAGAAAUUUGAUUAAAAAUCUCAGGCUAAAGUUAUUUUUAUCACAAAUAUUAGGCCUAUUCAUCAGAUUUAGCGUUCAAGUUGUAAUUUCGCAGUUUUAUACAAGUUAACACUUUAAAAAUAUUUUAUUAUGCGCAUGCGUAAUGACACCUGAAUUUGUGCGGAAGAGCGUUAGAAGUUUGACGAAAUGGGAAUGAGAAUUGAUGUUACCAAUGGAUCAUGUGUUUAACUUUGAGCAAGAGGAAAGAAAAGUUGUCAUAUUGAAAGACUACUUCAAGUUUAUUAAAGACUAAAAAGAAAUAGAUAUCCUGGACUUCCCCUUGCUUUACCAUGUUUGGAUUACAGUCUUUAUUACACAACUGUGGCAUGUUGUAAAAAAAAAAUCAGUGUUUGUGAGACAUUAGUCUAAAGUAAAGGUAAAACUUAAAUAUCACGACCGUCGUAAAUGUUUGUUGUAUUUGCAAGUUUCUACGUCAACGCACUUAAUCAAGUUAAUGAUUGCCAAUUUUCAAAUAAAUCUUGAGGUGAAAUAUCCAUAACCAGGUGGAGGAGGUGUCUGUUUUGGUUAGGUAUUUAUUGCUGUGCUGAUAAUCAGCUUGUAAAGAUCUUCCAGAGACUUGUUCACUUGUUGCUAAAGGUUUAUGAUUAUAAUUAAGACCUUCAUCAUGAGUGAAUACGACUUUGAUGAUAACAGCCGUGAGUUUGAUGCUGAUCGGGACUCUGAUGAAGACACCGAAGAUGCCAGUGAGACUGACAUGGCAAAACAAGAACAAGAAUACACAGAAAUCAAAGAACAAAUGUACCAGGACAAAUUGGCUAACUUAAAAAAGCAACUUCAGCAGCUGCAAGAUGAGACUCAUCCAGAAUAUUUGCGUAGACUGAAAAAGCUAGAGCAAGCUUAUCAAGAAAGAUUGUUUUUGAAUGAAGCUUUCCAAUGUUAUGAGAUUGAACGGGUUGAAGCAGAAUACAUCAGUGAAAAAAAAGCUGCUGUUUGGGAGUUUGAAGACAAAAAAGUUGAAUUGCGUGAAAAUCUCAUAGCUGAACUGGAGGAAAAGAAAAGAAUUAUAGAGAAUGAAAGAAGCAACAUAGAACUAACAGGAGGCAAAUCACCUUACUACUCCAUUGAAGUCAAACCUGUAACAACAAGAAAAUUACGGAGAAGACCAAAUGAACCUCUUCCUGUACCAGAAAAAAGGAGGAAAGCCUCACCUGCUCAGCUUAAUUAUCUUUUGGAUGAAAAUGACAUUUUAGAAGACUUAAAGAUUCUGAAUAAGGGUAAACUUGCACCUGUUGGAUCAAAACAAGAAGGUAAUGAAACUGUGGCACAUUCUGAUCACUCAGGAUCAACAAUUGAAGCAAAAAUUGAAGAUGGGAAACUUUAUUUUGAAAAAAAAUGGUAUUUUCGAGGUCAACCAGUUUUUAUUGAAAACAAAGAUGUUGGCAAAUUUAAUGCUGUUAUCUCCACUGUAGCUUCUUCAGAAAUUUGGGUGAAAAGAGUUCCAGAAAAUAGCAAAUUAAGAAUUCAUUUAUCCCAGUUCCAAAAAGGAAAAUAUUCUAUUAGGCGACGGACACCAUGAGAAAAAGUUAUUACAAAAAUCAUUACAAGAAAUACAGAAGUAGAAAUUGUUACCUAUGCUCACUGUGGUGUGCACUUGAAAAGGAAAGCUGUCAGGAAGUAACAUGAGCAGAUUCACACAUCAUUUUUGUGAAAUCCCCAAAUAAUUAUCUGUUUUACCAGUACAUAAAGUAUCUAUAUUUGCCAUAUACUUUUAUUUCAAAGGUAUAUAACUUUUAAACGAAAUUUUGGUUAUUUACAGCUUUGCUUAUAAAGUUUGUUCUAACAAACUUAUUUUAUGAAAUAAUUUUUGAUUGAUGAUUGUUUUUUUCCCCCACAAUGUCUUGAAGUUAAAACACUGAGUAUUAUUAUUAUUUCACAGCAACUGUAAAUGUUAAAAGAGAUUAUGGUUGUUCAGCUGUUGCUUAUAAGUAAUGUACUUUUUUACUGAUAUGUAACUGAAUCUAAAAGUUAAAAAAACUAUUUAAAAAUCUCUUUGUAAAGAAGGAAUCAUAUCUAUUCAACAUAUUCACAUAUAUGUUAUUUGAAAACAAUGGAAUAAUUCAUAAUUAGAUAUAUUCCAAAUAACAUGCUGUAUCAAUAUCUUAGUAUUAUAAACUAUGACUUUGUAAUAAAUGAUAUUUAUUUGUUAUUGCAAGAAAAUCGUAGUUAUUUUUUAAUUGUCACAUGAAUAAUUAGGCAUUCCCAACUGCCAUUUUUUAAACAUGGUUUCUGCAAAUUCCUAGAGUAAUAAUUCUUAGUAUAUUUUCUCAUUUAUUAUUAAACAAAUAAUCUUAUGUUAACAACUAAUGACCAUCAACUGUAAAUAAUACAUUAAUAAGAAAAUUACAGUACUAGGAAAUAUCUUACUGGAUAUUGACAGCAAAGUAGCAAGUAAUAUAGGACACUGACCAGAAAAUUGUAUUUUUUUAAAAAUAAUACCAAGAAAUAAUUUAAGAAACAGUAAGUAAUGGUUGAAAAGUAAAAAACCUAAAAAAAGCAACAUAGGAUUUGAGAUAAGGGUUAGAUGUAGUUAAUAGUAAGUUCUAAGGAAUACUGGCAGAAAAAUGAAAGUUAAUGUGAGAAUUGUGGUUAAAAGCAUUUGAUUCUUUAAAGAAAAACAUCGGUUGGUCAGUAUUUGAAAUUUUACUAGAAAUGGUAGAUGACAGACAAGACAAAAUAUGCUGAAUUGAUGAUAAUGUUUCAAAGUAGAGUUGGUUGUUCCUAGUGCUAAGUAUAAUUUUUUUUUUAUUCUAUAAAAAAUAUGCUUUGAUUGUGCAUUGUUAGUUUACUAACGCAAAGUGUAGAAUUUAACCACAAAACUUUUUUGGUGCAUAAAAUGACAAAGCUAAACUCACUGGCGAAAAUACUGGAAACCUCUACCAAUAGAAUAGACUGGUUCUCCCUUUGUGUUUGUUCAAAGUAGACAUUUGUAUGUUGGAGGGUGAAAAAAAAAACAGCUAAGAGUCUAUGCGGUAUGGAGGCAUACAAUUAUUUUUUCAAUCUCAUUUUAAUAUUGAAAUUUUAAAAAUAAUUUAUUUAUUCUAGGUCUAUGCAGGUUUUCACAUAACACAUGGUCCAGAAAAUUGUUUGAUUAAUUUUGUUCUAACUGUCAGUGGUUCUUUGUUGUUCACUUCAGAUAUAAUCUGCUUCAACUGCGGAAAUACAGGUGUAACGCGUACAGUACAUUGUACGAGAAUGUCGUUGAUAGAUGUGCCAUUCACUGAUAGGGCCGAUGGUAUCUCGAGGUUACGCCCCUUGUUAGAUGAGAAUGCCCAGUCACUAUGAGUCAAUCCUAUGUUUCCUGUUAAGUAAGACACAUUAGAUAUAAUUACUACUACACGGUUUCUCAAAUGAGCUCAUUGGUUGUUGUGGAAACAUCUUGAGGGAAGAAAACCAAUUCAUAAAUUCACGAGUUCAGUGACAAGGCGACUAUCCGGUGUCCAGAAAACAAGUAU